AUGUUCAGCGAUAUCCAAGUUCUAGUAAAUCCUAUGGAUUUAGAAAUUUUUAAGGAGAGAUUAGUGCAUUUUGGCAUGAAUUCAAGAAUUUUGUCUGACAAUAUACAACGUGAGUUCGACCAACAAGUAAUCCACAGAUAUUUACGCCUCAAAACAGCGUCUUAUUCUUGGAACAAUUACCAUUCACUUGAAGACGUAUACCAAUGGAUGUCUGAUAUUGCUGCAAAAUAUCCUAAACUAAUAAAACUCAAGGACAUUGGAAAAACUAUUGAAGGCAGGGAAAUCCUAGCUAUGAAUAUAUACAGACCAGGUUCUAAGAGGAAAGUUAUAAUAGACGCAGCGAUGCAUGGAAAUGAAUGGAUCACGGCAGAGUUUGUGACCUAUCUAGCAAAUGAGUUGGUGAAAGCUGAUAAGUCGAAGAAUAGCAAAUUGAGACGCGUGGCGAAUAAGUUUAACUGGUUUCUGAUACCCGUCGCUAACCCUGAUGGGUAUGUUUAUAGUAUGAAAAACGAUCGAUUAUGGCGGAACAAUCGGCGUAUUGAAAAUAACAAUACGAUCGGUGUCGACCUGAACAGGAACUUCGAUUAUAGUUUUUGCACUCAAGGUGCCAGCAAAGAACCAUCGAAAGAUUACUUUUGUGGUUCCAAGGACUUUUCGGAGCCGGAGUCGAGGGCCAUUGCCGACUUUGUGAGAAUUCACCGGAAGGACCUAAAUUUCUACAUCUCACUCCACGCUUACGGGCAAAAGAUUUUGAUACCGUACUCGGACAGGGUGAAGCAUGUUGAGAACUUUGGUGAAUUGGAAAAUUAUGGGAAACAAGCAAUAUUGAAAAUGUAUAAAGUGAACGGGGUCAAAUACGGUAUUGGAACCAUUUAUGAUAGCUUUGGUUAUAGAAUCUCGGGUGAUAGUGCUUCAUGGGUGAAGAAAAAUCAUAAAGUCAAAUAUGUGUUAACCAUACUCCUACGUGACAACGGGACAUAUGGGCACGCGCUGCCUGCGAAUCAAAUUUUGCCAACCUGCGAGGAAACGCUGGUGGGCUUAACAGAAAUAUUGACGGCUCGCCACAGACGAGUUGAACCCGUCCUAUUUAGCGAUGCAACGCUUAAUGAGGCCCAUUUAAGAUUCUUCAAUAAUUUAAGUGCGCUUUAUAAUGUUAAUUACUGGAGAUUACCGGGUCUAGUACACAGGCCCAUUGAAUUCAUAAUUGCGCCUACUAACAGAGAGGAUUUUGUAAGGACCGCGGAUAAAGCUGGCGUGUAUUAUUCCACUCUCAUAGAAGAUGUACAGAAAGCUCUUGAUAUGCAAACUGUAAAAUCCUACAUUCGACGUAAUAUGGAGUCGUUCGAUUGGAGGAGUUUUUUUCGCCUGCAGGACAUUUACGCCUGGCUCUGGGAUCUGGAGACCCAAUAUCCAGAAGUGAUGCAAGUGAAAACAAUUGGAAAAUCUGUGGAAAAGAGAGAUAUACUUGCUGUGAAAAUUGAACAUAAGACUGGCAGGACCACGCCAAGACCGAAAGUAAUUGUGGAGGGCGGUAUACAUGCGCGUGAGUGGAUAUCGCAGGCGUUUGUCACAUAUUUUCUCUAUCAAAUCCUGACAGCCGCUCAAUCCAAUAGCACCCUGCGAGUAAUAGCUGAGACCUACCAGUGGCAUUUCGUACCAGUUAUGAAUCCCGGAUGGAUAUGA